AUGUCCAAAGAAACGAUCCUCAACAACCUAAACACAAGCAUCCGUCUCGAGGUGCUUCCCAACGAGGCCAAAGAGGACCCAGUCGCUUUUGUAAACACAUUGAUCUACAACAAACAUGAUAAAAACUCUGACAUACUAAGGAGUGAAAUAUUAACAAGUUUCGCCACAAAUAACCAAGAAUUGAAAACAUCCCUAUCCCAAUACUCUGAUCUAAUAACAAGAACACAAUUCACAAAUGAUACCAUACUUCAAGAAACUAAACAAUCUUCAGAUCGUUCCAAAACAAGAAGAUUAUCUGUAGAUUUUGAUGGCAAAGAUGAUGACGCUGAUGAGGACCUUAAUGAAUUGCCUAAUAAUGAUGAAGAUGAAGAUGCAAACGUUUCACAAUUGAGGAAAAGAUUAUUACAAGGUGGUCGUUCUCAAGAUGAUCAUCAUCAAGGUCAGAAAACUACAUUUGAUGAAAAAUUACAUAUGGAAGAAUUAAGACAAGAAGAUAUCCUUAAAGAUAUGUUUCAAUUCGUCAGAAGCAUUAAAGAAGGUGCUGAUGCAUUCAAUGCUAAAUUAAGUCAAGAUCAAAAUGUUUUAAAAGCUGCAGAAGCUGGGUUAGAUCCGCUUUAG